AUGUCCACAAACAAGGGUCAUGAAUACAGGCAUCUUAGUGACCCUUUGCUUUUCACUUGCAAUGGAUUCGAGCAGAUCUGGCCAGACUCGGACGAGGACACGCCGACCUCGGACGACCUGGAGCAGUUCGCCAAGCAGUUCAAGCAGCGGCGCAUCAAGCUGGGCUUCACCCAGGCGGACGUGGGGCUGGCGCUGGGCACCUUGUACGGCAACGUCUUCUCGCAAACCACCAUCUGCCGCUUCGAGGCGCUGCAGCUCAGCUUCAAGAACAUGUGCAAGCUCAAGCCCCUGCUCAACAAAUGGCUGGAGGAGACCGACUCCAGCACAGGCAGCCCGGCCAACCUGGACAAGAUCGCGGCGCAGGGCCGCAAGCGCAAGAAGCGCACCUCCAUCGAGGUGGGCGUGAAGGGCGCCCUGGAGAACCACUUCCUCAAGUGCCCCAAGCCCUCGGCCCACGAGAUCACCUCGCUGGCGGACAGUCUGCAGCUGGAGAAGGAGGUGGUGCGGGUCUGGUUCUGCAACCGGCGGCAGAAGGAGAAGCGCAUGACGCCGGCCGGCGGCCCGCACCCGCCCAUGGAGGAUGUUUACGCACAGGCGGACACCUCGCCGCUGCACCACGCGCUACAGGGCUCCGUGCAGUGACUGGGCGGCGGGGCCGGGGGCUGAGCGCGCCGGGCAGGGUCCGCGCUGGAGUUUACAGUGGGGGGCCCAGGAGCCAGGGACUGCGGGGGAAGCCCCGGCUGGGGCAGAAGGGGCCGCGCCCGGCCCCCGCCAGGUAUCGGACACCCGCCGAGCGGUCCCUUCCAGCCCCUCCGGCUCGAAGUCGCGCUCGGGACUUUUUUUCGGUUUCGGGCCCUGGGAUGCAGAGACUCGCCUGGCGGCGCGUGGGAGACGCUCCUUAAUUUAUUCCUCAGACUGGUUCGCAAUUGAAUUUGUCUCUAAUUUAACUCGCUGUAUUUAUUUGACUUCCAAAAAAAAAAAA